UAGCGCAAAUGGCGCCACGGCACAACUCAUCACCUCGUAGGGACUGGAGCGAAGUCCAGGAGCGCGAAUACUACGAGCACGAAUGUAGGAAGUUCCGCAUAUGCAUCAUAGGCAAGGCUGGAGUAGGGAAGACGACUUUGCUAAGCAAAGUCUUUGGCAUCGAUGAACACGAGGCUGGUGUUGUAAGGCAAGAAGAUGCCGUGAGGAGGGGUGGUGGGCAACAUAACAUCUAUGAUGCCAUUGUUGACGAGAACCGCAACUCCGCGCUAGUCAUACAUGACUCUUGCGGCUUUGAGACUGGCGAAGAUAAUAAUCUGAGUCUGGUUCAGAGCUUCAUAGAGUACCGUAGCGCUAAGCCCUCUCUGCAGGAGCAGCUGCAUUGCAUCUGGUAUUGCAUUUCCCUCGUCGACCCACGACAGCUCCACGAGGCUGAACGCGAGCUGUUUCGCUUCCUGCGAGAGAAAGAGAUCCCGCUUGUUUUCGUGCUCACGAAAUACGACGCCUUCGUUGGUGAGAAGCUCAGGGAGGCGGUCGAGGAUAUGGAGGAAGCGACUGCAGAUGACUGGAGGAACGCUCGGGUAGCCGCACAAGAGCACAUAGCUGACCUGCGAGGAUACUUGGAGAGUACCAUGGGAUAUGGUGUCAAGGUCCAGGAGGUCUCCAAGGCCAGGAAAGAUGAGCGGCUCGUACAGAAGCUCGCCGUAGAGACCACAGCCAUCGUCAAACCAAAUCUGCGGAUCGUUUGGUUCCGCGCUCAAGGCGUUCUAGCCAAGCAGAAGCGCGUGGCAUGCGUCGAACACUUUCCGCAAAAGAUUCUCCACAGUCUCAUCGUCUCAUCCGCCCUUCCCCUAAACCCCUUCCGCGGCGUCAAGCUCGGCGAUUUCUUCGAAGACACAUUCCACCACUGUCUCGCAGUCUGGAAUCUCCCCGGCCAAUCCGUCCUCUUCACCAAGGACUACGUGCAGACCAUGUUCCGCGAAGCCUCGCAGUCCUACAUCCGGCGCACGAAUCUCGCAGCUGCGGUAGCUCCUCUCGGCGCCCUCGACGCGCCGCGCUUUAUAAAAGUCGGCAUCCAGAUCGUGUGCGACCUCAUCAUGAUAUUCCAGCAGCUCUUCUGGGCGACACCGCGCCGGCAGAAGCUGAGCUAUGGAGACUUGAGGAGGGAGCUCGAUCUGUAUAAGGGUUCGGGGAUAAGAGAGAGCAUACAUAGGCUGGUGGAGGGCGCCGUGAAUUAUGGGAGCAGCUUCUCAGUGAAGAAGCUGGUGGGCGUGAUUCGGGUAGUGGUGGACGAUGGGUGUAAGAUCCUGCAUAGCGAGGCUGUGAGGAGCCAUAAGAGGGAGGAGGUGAGGAGCUUUGAUGAGCCGCCGUUUGCAGAGUUGCCGGCGCAGAAUGCAUAG